AUGGGCUUGACAGAGAUCCGUAAAGUUUGUGAGGUCUCCCUCGAUACCCCGGCCGAAGAGCAAUCUAAAAUUCAUAACCGAUGGCAUCCCGAUAUCCCAUUCGCGGGAACAAUCAAGAACAACGAAACCGUAAAGAUUGAAUGCAUCGACUGGACGGGUGGGCAAAUAGGAAACAAUGACAGUGCGGAUGAUAUUAAAAAUGUCGACCUCACCCGCAUCCAUUAUCUAAGUGGCCCUUUCGAGAUUGAAACGGCAGAGCCUGGUGAUGUUUUGCUUGUGGAGAUUAUGGAUGUACAGCCGAUGGAGUCCGCCCCAUGGGGAUUGUGA